CAGACUACCGUUCCAUUUGAUUGGCUGGAAGGAAGCAGGGCGGGCAGCAAUAAGCGGCGCUGAUGGCUGUGCAACGUAUUUCGACGUCGGCAACCCUAGACAGAAUCGAGUCUCACUGAAUAUGAGAAGAGCAUGGCGCUGCUGUACCGUUACGUGAAGCUGCACGACCGCGCCGACUCGCACGUCUUCACGUUCGUGGUGACGCGGAGCGUGACCAGGGACCCGGAGCGCGACGUGACGUCCAAGGAGCUGACAUGCGGCUACCAGCGCUGGGCCAUCACCUUCUCCAGGACCGACAAGGUCCUGGGGGUGUACCUGGUGUGGAAGUCGGCGUGCCAGGGCAUGCGCGUCUACGUGGACUUCACCUUCACGCUGCUCAACCGGGAGCACUUCAGCUGCAACGAGGCCUUCGCCGGCAAGCAGGUCAAGUUCACGAUGGCGGCGCCGGCGCAGGGCAACAAGAACUACAUCCCGGUUAGCGACCUGUACGCGCGCAACUUCACGGACACGAACGGCGAGUUCCAGCUGGAGCUGUCCAUCGGGCACGUGCGCACCGUGUACAACGCCGACAUCCGCGUGCCCACCAACAUCUUCGGCGGCGUGGCGGCCGUGGCCACCCACCACUACGGCGGCGGCCUGCACGCCCACGGCGGCUCGCGACACGGCCACCACACCGGCAGCCCCGCGCCACUGCAAGCGCUGCAGACGCCCACCAACGGCGCCAACGGCACGCCCGCCAAGACGCCCACCGCGCCGGCCGGCAGCAAGCUGGAGACGUCGUACUUCACCUUCGGCGGCUUCGACUGGAACCUCAGCAUCGUGCCGCUGGCCAAGGAGAGCGGCAGCGAGGGCCGGAUGGCCGUGUACAUCAACAGGCUGACGGGCUUCGACCACGCCUGCCGCGUCCGCUACGCCGUGACGCUGGGCGACGGCGACCGCCGCGUCGAGUCCGGCACACUGCAGACCGUCUCGGACACCGAGGGCCGGGCGUCGGGCUGGCACCCGCGCACCCGCAUCUCGGACGUCAUGCACAAGGGCGUGAUCCGGGUGCACCUGGAGAUGAUGCUGGCCAACACGAUGAGCGAGGUGGCCGUGACGUCCAUGGGGCUGGCGCCGGGCGCCAUGGACGACACGAUGGGUCGCCGGGUGGCCAUGCCCGUCACAGCGCAGUGCUACGACCGAGAGAAGCAGGCCUGGUCGCUCAAGUCGGACUGCCACUCGGACACCGUGCGCCUGCACAUGGUGUACAAGGACGUGCAGCACGUGCCCAGGAACCACCUCAGGUACGUGUGCUGGACCGCCUACCUGCUGCGCUACAACAAGGGCCACGUGGAGACGUGCGUGCUGCCCGGGGCGCCCUUCAGCCACUACUACCAGCAGGAGCCCAGCGACGAGGGCAUCAUCAUGGAGACCGACCUCACCGUCAAGGCGCUUCGGGACCCCGGCUGCGAGUACCUGGCCGAGAAGGGCCAGCUCCGCGUCCAGGUGGAGUGGGAGGAGAGCCACAUGCUGUUCCAGGCCACGUACCACAAGUACGACGACGUGAGCCGCGUGCACAACAUCCAGAUGAGGCGGGAGAUCGUGGCGCUGCAGGCGGAGAACUACUCCCUGGAGCGGCAGCUGUUCAGCUACCAGAAGUCCAUCGCGUACGCGCACUCCCGGGGCACCUACAGCGACGACGGAGCCACCCCGGACGGCAGGGAGCGCGACCUGGAGGACGACGAGGACGGCGAGGGGCCGUACUGCGACGAGCGGGCCUACUCCCUCGGGGACCGGUCUCUGUCGACGGACACGGAGUACGCCUGAGAUCUAGCGCCCGCCUCCUGGGGGCAGGUGCCCCUUGGGGGGCCCCUUGGGGGCGGGUCAGGAGGCAGGCACAGCCUCGGGGGCAGUCCGCACAGGUCGCCCGGGGCGUCGGGACGCAACCACCACCAGCAUCGUCGUUCCAACGACUCCACCCACAGCGAGGGGAGGCACAAGGUAGGCCAGCGACCAGACAUCACCGAACAGUCUGAUACAGAGGAGGAUCAGGGGAAACGGCGGCAGCACUUCGCGGACUCUCAGGUCCUGAACAGUCCCAGGGGACGUCACGGUACGACAUAACCUAACCAGGCAAGGUGUGAACUGCCCGGUCAAACCUUCUAUUUCAAUCAACAAAGUGUAGAACAAAUUCACACAAAGCGCAUCAGUUUAUUCCAAAUGUAAAUACGACAUCCUGUACUCAAAAUUUUUUGGAGUGACCGGGUAGGUCCACGGCCUGUUUAGUCUAUUCCAUAAAUUCGUCUCAUAACUUGAUUCCUUUCGUGCGAUCGCAGGCUGCCUUUGAAUGCGCAAGGGCGCCGCUAGACUGGAUUCUUGGAAGUGCUAGAAUGCUUCUGCUUUAUUAUUGCGUGUCCGUCGGCUUGGGUGUAAACAGCUUUGCCAUUGCCAGCAACGUUUCGAGAAACUUCAUUGCGGAGAAAGUGUUAACCCAACAGUGCGAUCGAAGCAAAGCAUUUCUGCCAUAUACGAGGUGUUUCGACAAAGUCACACCUGACGGAUUUAAAACGCGUUUGAAAUAAAUUUCUGAAUGAAACUGCUCUAAUCUUCAACUCCUUAUCAUGGUUUAAGAACUAAGAUCUUGUUUUUUUAGCUUGUGAAGCGUUGACCUGCAUGAUUUCCCUCUUUUUAUCUGCAUGGCAUGGAACUGAAAGCAUGUGUACCCCAAUGCAGCGACGUUAUGCGCACGUCUUUUAGUAGUAGAAGUUUAUCCUUCUCCUUGCGCACUCUGAUGCUAACUGACCCUGCACUCUUUUCUUCUUCUGCUACUAAGCAAAACCUUUUUUGGGACUUCUUCAUAUCUGACAUCUCAUUUGAGUCCAGCGGUAAACCUCCAAGGUUGAUUCUUUAAUUGAGUAUCGCGGGUUGCAUGCCUCUAACUUCCAUGUAAGACGACUCUACCAGUAAAGUUAUCUUUCUUCUGCUAGAAACAACAGAAGUUACUCUGUUACUCUCGUCUAUGGUAUCCUGUUUUUAUGUUGUUGUUUUUUUUUUCUGAAAGAAGAAAAGGAGUGACGUGCAGUUUGUACAGUUGCAGUUUCUCUCAUUUAAGUAUUUUACAUUGCUGUUUUUAUGUGUAAACUUUUCAGAUACAUUGAUAUUGGACUUUUUUUGUAUUUGAAAUGGUAAACUAUUCACUCAAAUGUUGACUAAUAUACUUCACGGUAAAGAUUGUUUAUGAGAUAAUUUCAUCAACUGUCUCUCCCAAGAAAUGUGUAUCAUGCAGGUAAAUACACAUUCCUUCGUCGUCCAAUGUACAUAAACCAAAUACCCCAGAAAUGUCGUCAAACUGGCUGGCAUAACUUAUUUUUUGCUCUGUAAACAUAAAGGCAAUGAAAAACGUGAGGUGUGGUGUCUUGUUGCAUAACAUAAUGUGCCCAUAACGACUGGUCAUAAUUCGGAGGGGUAUUACCCGAUUAGACUGCGCGCUCCAUGACUAUUCAAAUGCAUAAGCGUUUGGAUUUAGAGCCUACCUUCAGCACAGUUUGACGAUGACUUUUACUGGGGAUUGUAGAAAAGUGUAUUCAACAUGGUUUGCAUGUGUGAUGCGUGUGCCUAGAGAGCCAUAUCAGACUGCAGGUUAAAGUUUUGUAAUAUUUUACGCUCUAAAAAAGUUAAAAGUUGGAACUUUUUUAAAUUAAAAAAAGAUUGUUUUGCGGACAACUUGAAUAAUGCAAAUUAAUGAGUUAACUAGUGUUCAACAUUUACUGCUUCUGGUCUGGCUGCCGCUUGUAAAAGGAUUAUUCAUCCUUGUAAAUACAUAUACUGUCUGUACAUUGCUUCUAGUGUCGUGCCACAGCAUCGGUCUUUAAUACAGUUCGAUUUAGAAAUCAGGGACAACGAGAUCGUAAAAUUUGCACAAUAUUUCAAUUUAUUAUGAAAACGCGACUGUCCGCAUGUAAAACUACAUUUUACAAAUUAAAGCCAACAUUUCAAACAGUUAAUUUUACAGAAAAUAUACGUGAAGUUGCUGCGUGCCAGCUGGAUGCAGCGAGGUAACAUUCGUUUCACGUACAAAAUGCGUUUUCUUGAAAACCAAUAAAGCCCAAAAUAUAAUUCGAUGCUGUUGCACACUCACCAUGGUCACUUGCAGCGAAGUGAAGUGUCGAGGUGUAAUCACUUGUAGAUAUUGUAAAACUGCUAGAAUGUUCCGAGAAAAACUCGGUUUUGAAAUCAUCUGCACGAGACGUUUUCCAAAAGGCGAGGUGGCCGCCGCAAUGUCACAUUGGCCGUUUCCCAACUAAGUGCCACUGAACAGAACGUAACGGCGGUGGUCUGGCCAAUGGAAACAUCUCCAGAUGUAAGUGGGAAAACGAGGUAAAGGCAUGUUCUUUUCUAGCGAACUGGAAUAUACUAAACGGGGACAAUUUUUUAUUUGUAUUUGCUUUUUUGAACUGUUUCAUUAAAUCCAAUCGAUAUCUUGCACUGACAAAGCAGUGUCCGUGGCCAACCCUUAAUGGUUAUAGACCACAAAGCGUUGCCUCAAAACUGUGGUUAUUUUUUGCAAAAAAAAAAGGCUCAAUUUUGAAUUUGCUUGGACAAAGUAAAAGAGUGAUCCUGUGCGCUGGAGCAAACGUGCCUCGCCCUCGCCGCGGCUUGCGGGCCUUAGUGCAGUCCCUUCCCGCAGAGAGGAUCGCGAGCCAGCAGCUCAAGGAGCGGGCGUCCUUCCAUGGAGAGCUGCCGGAUGGUGGAGGGGGCCAGCGCGGCCAGCGCGGCCAGCGGCUGGGGGUGCAGCGGAGUCUUGGGCCUCGCACCGAGUCCUCGCCCGUCCUUCGGAGACACGCCACCGUCCAUGGCCACGUCCAUGGCCACGUGCCCGGGCCAGCUGCGCGUCAACAGCCCCGACCCCAGCAUCAGAAGCAUCCGGUCGUACCGGCCCCCGGAGACGCGGUCCCCCGACCUCUACGUGCCCAGGAACACCAUGGGAAUAGCCGAGGCCCUGCCAGCCUCCACGAUGCUCCUCUCGUCCGAAGAGGGUCCCGACGGCUCCCCGAAGUCCCCGUCAAUAUGGGAGGCGCUGGCCGGGUUCGUGUGCUUCCUCGGGGACUUCGU